AUGCUUGAGAUUCCUAAAAUGAGGGACUAUGACGUCUCUUCGAAGACAGGAUUCUUACCUUCGGAGUUGCCGCUUUGCAGACUUCCUCAAGAAUACUUCAAGGUGUGGGAAGAUUUAGUAAAUAACUUACCAUCAUUAAUAUUGACAAGACAGAUCCGGAGAUUAGUGGAUGAAAAAUUGAAAGUUUUAAGCACCAAAGAAUUACAGGGCGUAAGACAGUAUCGUAGGGCAUAUCAGAUACUUAGCUUUCUUGCACAUGCUUACAUAUGGGGUGAAGAGCCAACGAUUAAUAGACUUCCAGAACAAAUUGCAAAACCUUUGAUAGAAGUGGCAGAUGUAUUGGAAUUGCCUCCCGUUGCAACUUAUUCUAGUUUAUGUUUAUGGAAUUUUAAGGAGAUCAUGCCAACCGAGGAUGGAGAAGAGUUUUGGGAUUUGAACAAUUUGACGACAAUCAAUACUUUCACAGGCUCAAUAGAUGAAAGUUGGUUUUACUUGGUCAGUGUUUUCUUUGAAUAUAAAGGUGCAUAUGCUAUGAAAACUGGACUUGAGGUUAUUGAAAGUGUGCUUGAAGAUGAUGUUGAAAAAGUAACGAACAAUUUACAAAAAUUAGCUGAACUGAUCGAUCAUUUGGGUUCCAUUAUGAUGAAAAUGGAAGAAAUGUGUGAUCCUCAUAUCUUCUACUUUAGAAUUAGACCUUUCUUAGCUGGCUGGAAGAAUAUGGCAGACUUUGGACUAGACAAGGAUGGGGUGAUAUACGGUACUGAGACGAUACCAAGAUCAUAUGCUGGUGGAUCUAAUGGACAAAGUUCUUUAAUUCAAUUUUUGGAUAUUUUGUUAGACGUGAAUCAUUAUUCAACUGGUGAGAGGCCAUUGCCUCAUCAGCUUCGGACUCUGGCCGAGGGGUCUAAGAGCAGUUUCCCAGAAGAAAUGAGGUCUUAUAUGCCUGGUCCUCACAGAAAAUUUCUAGAGAGAUUAGAGGAGAUAUCCAACAUCAGAGAAUACGUUUUGGCCCACAAGGACACUUGCAGUGAGAUGACUUUGAGUUACGAUGCAUGUUUAGCAAUGAUGAAGCUGUUUAGAGAUAAGCAUAUUCAAAUUGUUACACGUUAUAUUGUAUUGCAGGCCAAACAAAGUACAAGGAUGGGUUCAACUUCAACUCUUAGAUCGGGCUUAGCGAAGCACAGAAAGAAUUCCAUGGAAGAGGAAAGAGGAACUGGAGGAACAGCUUUAUUACCGUUUUUGAAGCAAUGCAGAGAUGAAACUGGUGACCCUGCAGCUGGUAACUGGGGUAAGAGGAUUCUCAGUGACGGUGUAAUGAGAUUAAAAUAUUCUAAACCAAGUUAUAUCAACGAAGACUAA